AUGGAGCUAGAUGUUGGCUUUGACCAAUUGCUUGCAAGCUCAGUUGGUGCUAUAAUAAAUUUGGAUCCUGAUGAGGACACUAUUGUUCUUCCUAAGAAAUUGAUUCAUGAAGAUCAAACUCAACACCCUCAAGAAGUAGAGCAUCAGGUGUCGAAUGCCACUGCUUUUACACCUCAUAUCAGUAUUAUCACGGUUAAAGCUGGAGAGAAUGUUACUAUGAAGGUAAUGUCAUCGUGUCGGAAAGAACCAGAAGCUAUAUGCAUUCUAUCUGCAAUUGGAGUCAUAUCAAGCGCAACCAUUAGUCAGCCUCACUCGUCUGAAAAAUUAUCCACAUAUGAGGGUAAAUAUUGUAUUGUAUCUUUAUCUGGCCCAUUCAUGCCAAACGAAAGUCGCGGUGGUGGCAUGAGUAUUUCUUUAAUGGGUCUAGAUGGACAUGUUGUUGAAGGUUGCGUAGCUGGUCCAUUGAUGGCUGAAAGUCCAGUAAAAGUAAGUACCUGGGAAGGGAAUAAUAUGUUUUUCACAUAUUAA